AUGACAAACCCAGAACUCAUCUGGGCCCAUCACCAAGAGCAAAAACAAGCAGCUCGCCGAGCAUCAAAAGCACGACAUCAAACCCAAGCCCAACCACAAUCCGACGUCAUGUCUUCGUCCGCUUCAACCUUCUCGGGCUCUACCGCUUACUCUUAUGACAAAGACCAGCCUCAGACCGAUUCUAAGCAGAAGCGAUCGGUUCGGCAACGAAUCAAGGAGGCCUUCAAGGACAUGGGAAGCCCGCCUACGGCCUAUGAAGACCGGGUGAACGGCCGCAAGACGGAGGAGCCGGCCCCUGAGCACGGUCCGAUGAGCUCGACGCCCCAGAGUAGGACUUAG